GAAAAAGAAUCAAUCUUUGUAAUAUCAAUAUCACCUAUUAAUCAUCCAAGAAUUUAUCUAUCUAUUCAGUCGUAGAACAAUUUCAUGAUCUAAUUCUUUUGAAUAUCUUCUCUCUAAAAAAGUUUCUGGGGAACAUCAGAUCUAAACAAACAACAGAUCUAAACAAAUAAUAGGAGAGAAUCCAAAAGCAAACAUCAGAGAUAACUUAUUAUUUUCUGUUGAUCUCUGGCUGAAAUUUCUGAAACUAUCUUUGUAUCCUGUGUGCCACUUUAAAAACACAACAUCUACGUUUCCAAAUUAAUGUUCAACGUAUUCAGUAUCAAUUAACUUGCAACUGCUUGUUAUUAAUGUUUAUUCGGUAAUAAUAACUCUAGAUAAAUUUUACUUAACAGACUGGCAUGCUUAACAUGUACAAACUGGGAGUCCAUCUGCGGCAUGUGUACGAUGAAUUUUUGGGCGUCGUUUACACAAGCGAGACGAUGAAAAUGCAAACGGCCGAAUAUCCAUUGUCAAUGCUAUCUGGUCAAUUAGUGAAUGCAGGUCUUUGGCCACCGGCAAAGAUUCAACAAUGGAGUAUUGAUUUGAACUGGCAGCCAAUACCCACAGAUUACACACUGGCGCGAGAAGAUACUUUGUUACUGGGAACACAGUGUCCGAGUUUCAUCCUCGAAAUGGAAAAAGUAUUGAAUAUGGUCCAAGUGCGAGAACGAUUGACGCAUUAUUCAUCUUUAUUCGAUCACAUAUCACAGUCGACUGGAAUGAAAGUUCAACGGCCAUCGGAAAUAGCCUUGUUGUACGCUGCUCUCGAGACAAAAGCUGACUUGAAUCAAUCUCUUCCACACUGGGCAGAAGAUAUCUUUCCUGACGGAGGAAUGUACAAUGUGUCGUUGCUAGAGUACGAUCUACUUUGGCAAACCCCGUUGCAAAAGCAAUUAAAUGGGGGAACGAUUCUGAAGGAAAUUUUAGCAAAUUCGCUGAUGUAUAUCAAUGGACAAAUUCCCGAAGAGCGAAAGCUUAUGAUAUACAGCGGUAACGAGCGAAAUAUCGUUGGUGUUUUAAAGGGUUUAAACUUAUGGUCGCCGCACAUCCCUAACGAGGCCGCUUCUGUGAUUUUUGAACUGUACUUUGACAAUGAAACACAAAGUCACGGAGUGAAGAUUAAUUACUACACAGGAAUGGAUGGUAUCACUAUACCAUUGAAAAUGCCAAAUUGCACAGAGAUUUGCCCGAUUAAAACAUUUUUGUACUCGAUACUAGACAUGUUACCGCAAAACGCAGAACGAUUAUGUAAUUGGAAAAAGAUUAAUCUGCCCGAUAAGCCUGUAAGACUAAACAAUACGAUUUAUAGUGGAUCUGUAUGGCAUACAUCGAGAAGUAUUAUGCUUACUUUUUUAUUAAUAACUAGUUUACUUAACAAUUCCUGUUAAUUUAAAUUUUUAUCACAAGUAGGUAUAUAAUUAUAUCUCUUCAAUUAUCUCGUACUUUUGUCCUCGUGUCAACUAUGUGGUUCUCUAUAAAAGAAAUCUCAAUAUCUUCGAUAACGAUUUAGAUUAAUGUUUAAUUAUUAAUUACUAAUUAAUUAUUAUAAUUUAUUUAUAAUACUACGCAUUAUGAUUCACCAAUAAUUCUAAAAUUUUUACGAGAAACAACUCAAAUAAACUACAGAAUUUAUUUUUUAUUAAAUCAUAUUUACAAUGUACAAACUAUUAUAACAUUUUUUAUACACACACAGUGGCCGGAGAAAGUAUUUAAAAAUAAUUCUUAACUUCCAGUGCGGCAUAUUUUCAUUUUUAUAAUCAUAUGAAAUUUUUAUAGUCGUAUGAAAAUAUUAUCAAAUGAAAUUCACAUACUUGGAUUUUUUUUUAAUUAAAUGCUAUAAUAAAUAUACGCGCAAAUAUUUUUUACAACUGUUGUAUAUAAAAUAUUAUAAUAUUUAAUAUUUGAUAUGUUAAAAUUACAUUUAAAAUGAUGCAUUUAAAGUAUAAUUAAUUUACUCACUUACUAGACAGCAAAUUAACUAAUUUCUGUGAUUUUUUGGCAAAUUGUACGAAAUUUUCCAUAGCUACUAGUGUAAAAUCGCUCAAAAUCAUUAACCACCUUCGUUCUCUUGUUUGCUUAGUAUCCUCGACUAUUACACCUUCAAAAUUUAACUGUUUUUUCCAUAAAUCAACAACAGGUGGUAUCACGUCUUCUUCAAAUUGAUCAGUUUCUUUAUUACAGAAAACUGA